AUGUUCGGCAGUAUCUAUGGGAAGACGCACUUGGGAGAUCCGCACAGAGCUGAACGCAAACAAGCCUGCGACGAAGCAGCGAUCCCUGCUCGCCCGGAGCUGCAGAACGCGGCGGCUGCCCCGGGGAGCAUCUGCCUGAAACCCCACCUGGGACCCGCCGCGGGGUCUGGCUCCGGCUUCUCCUCCUUCUCCUUCUCCGGGGCAAGGCGAAGUCGCUCUGCAGCCCUCACCGCUCCCUCCCGGCGUCAGGAACGCGAGUCCCAGCCCCGCGGCCCGAGGAGCGAAGCGCCGAACCCCCGGGGACCCCGACGGCUACUUAGGCAUGCUGUUAAAUGGAGUAUCAUCUCAGGAAGACUAAUAUGUACUUUUCUGUGUAAGAUUGGAAUUAUUGGUGGAACUGGCCUGGAUGAUCCGGAUAUCUUAGAAGGAAGAACAGAAAAAUAUGUUGAUACUCCUUAUGGCAAGCCAUCAGAUGCUUUGAUAUUGGGAAAGAUUAAAAAUGUGGACUGUGUGCUGUUGGCAAGACAUGGAAGGCAUCAUACAAUUAUGCCAUCAAACGUCAAUUACCGUGCCAAUAUCUGGGCAUUAAAAGAAGAAAAUUGUUCACAUGUGUUAGUGACUACUGCCUGUGGUUCAUUACAAGAAGAAAUACAACCUGGUGAUCUUGUCAUAAUUGACCAGUUCAUUGACAGGACAACUAAAAGACAUUGUACUUUAUACGAUGGGCAGCAUUCCAGUCUUUCAGGAGUAUGUCACAUUCCAAUGGCAGAACCAUUCUGCACCAAAACCAGAGAGAUUCUUAUUGAGACUGCCAAGAAGCUUGGGCUCCAGUGUCAUUCCAAGGGGACAAUGAUCACAAUUGAAGGUCCUCGUUUCAGUUCUCGAGCAGAAAGCUUGAUGUUUCGCAGCUGGGGAGCUGAUGUCAUCAACAUGACCACAGUGCCUGAAGUGAUUCUUGCCAAAGAAGCUGGAAUGAGUUACGCUAGUAUUGCCAUGGCAACAGAUUACGACUGCUGGAAGGAACACGAAGAAGCAGUUUCGGUGGAUAAAGUUUUAAAGAUACUGAAAGGGAAUGCAAAUAAGGCUACUAGCAUACUCCUAACUGCUAUACCUCAGAUAGGUUCCAUGGAAUGGACAGACACCCUGCACACCCUGAAAACAACAGUGCAGUGUUCUGUCAUCCUGCCAAAACAGUAACAGCCUGGAUCGACCCUGAAGUUUG